CAGACAUCACAGGCAUUAGCCUAUCACAUUUUCACUGAGUGACAGUGACACCAAGAGGAAACCAUCUGAAGAGUUACAACCUACUGCCAAACAGUUGUGUACGCAUCGGAGCAUUUCAAACCACCAGCAGCAACUCAGACCUGUAUAGCCGCUGCUGGGACUCCGCACCGCAGACGCCCUCGGUGUCGGAAAAUGUGUGUUCUCACUCGGCUGACCUCCAUCCCAGACCAAAAGCCACCGGAGAGAGGGUGCAACUCCUGCCCAUGAGAUGCAUCUCCAAGAGGGGCGUCACGAGCGCAGACGCCCUCCGUCGUGGAUAUGGACAAGGUUUGACCGGGUUUGGCUCGCUGCCAUGACGGUUGUGAUGUGGAUACAGAUGAGACCGCUCCAAGCGUUUCCCACCUCUUCCCUCAGCCCCUGUCAGACUCCUACCGGCUGGAACUGCUCUGAUUCAGAGGAGAGGGACUUCCAGUGUGACACAGACUCCUGUCAGUAUGACGGGGAGUGUCUAAAGAUAGCAGAGACCAUGACCUGCGUCUGUGACUUUAAGUGUAGUGCAGAUUAUUCCCCGGUGUGUGGUUCCAACAAUCACAGAUAUCAGAAUGAGUGUUUUCUGAGACGGGAAGCCUGUCAGCUUCAGACGGAGAUACACACUGCAUCUCUGGGUCCUUGUCCUACAGACGCUGGUUCAGGAUCAGGUGAUGGUGGUGAAGGUGUUUCUCUCCCAGAGAGUUCUGGAGAGGCUGGUGUAGGACAGAGGGACUCGUCCUGUGAGAUGUGUCAGUUUGGAUCGGAGUGUGACGAAGACGCAGAAGAUGUAUGGUGUGUGUGUAACAUCGACUGUUCCCACAUCAGUUUCAACCCUGUGUGUGCUUCAGAUGGCCGUUCCUAUGACAACCCCUGUCAGGUAAAGGAGGCUUCGUGUCAGAGACAGGAGAGGAUCGAGGUCACACACCUGGGCCACUGCCACGGGGAGGGGCCGAGGGACCUGUACAUCCCCUGUCCUUCCCGCUACAGGAACUACUGUCUCCAUGGAGACUGUCAAUACCCUGACAACCUAGGCCCGCCCUCCUGUAGCUGUCAUGCAGGGUUCAGCGGGCCCCAGUGUGAGCGGAAGGACUACAACGUUCUGUUUGUGGUUCCAGGAUCUGGAAAGAUCCGUUAUGUUCUCAUCGCCUCCGUCAUCGGAGCGCUGCAGAUCACCAUUAUCACACUGGUGGUGCUGUGUGUCACAAGGAAGAGCCCUGGGAAGAAGAGGAAGUCUGUCCAGAAGCAGAGUGGGGCUCUGUACGAUACAGACAGCACGCUCCGCACUGCUACUCUUCACAUCUGACACACCACGUUAACAGUUGAAGUCGGAAGUUUACAUACACCUUAGCCAAAUACAUUUAAACUCUGUUUUUCACAAUUCCUGACAUUUAAU